AUGGAGCUGGACACGGGCUCUGCCUUGUCUAUAAUUUCUGAAGCUGACUACAAAAGGCUGUUUUCCAAGCUACCAUUAGAAAAGACCUCGGUGAUGUUAAAGACAUACACUGGCGAGGAAGUGUCUCCUAAAGGAAAACUUAAAGUGGACGUGACUCAUGGUAACAAGACACACCAGUUAGAGCUUUAUGUCUUAAAAAGUGGAGGACCUGCUCUUCUGGGGCGUGAGCGGCUAAGAAAAAUCCAAAUAGACUGGCAUGAAAUUAAGGCCCUCAGCAUAUCACCAAGUCUCAAGAGCCCCAACUGUAGCUCUGAACAAAGACUGACACAGAUUCUAAAAGAUAAUGCAAUGACAUUUGAGAAAGGUAUUGGCAAACUUAAACAUAUUAAAGCAAAAAUUGAACUGGAUGAUAAUGCGACUCCAAGAUUUCACAAGGCACGUCCAACACCGUAUGCAUUGCGUAAAAAAAUUGACACAGAACUUCAGAGCCUGGAGGCAUCUGGAAUCCUCUCAAAGGUUGACUGGAGCGACUGGGCCACACCAAUCGUUCCAGUGAUAAAGAAAGGAAAAAGUGGAGGUGUUCGAAUAUGCGGCGAUUUCAAAGUGAGUUUAAAUCCAGUGCUGCGUACCGUACAGUACCCUUUGCCACGUAUUGAGGACAUCUUCUCUUCACUAGCUGGAGGUGAGAAGUUUUCAAAAAUCGACUUGUCUCAGGCCUAUCUUCAGAUGGAAGUGGAGGAGUCAAGUAGGAAGUUUUUAACCAUCAACACGCAUAAGGGGCUGUACCAGUAUAACCGGCUUGUGUUUGGUGUCGCAUCAGCGCCUGCCAUCUGGCAAAGAGCAAUGGACCAAGUACUUCAGGAUAUACCAGGAACGCAAUGCUAUCUUGAUGAUAUACUGGUGACAGGAAAGAAUGAUAUAGAUUAUCUUCAAAACCUCAGCAAAGUGCUCAAAAGACUCAGUGAUUACGGCCUACGGGCGAAAAGAGAAAAAUGCGAGUUCUUUAAGAGUAAAAUAUCGUACUGUGGCCAUGUCAUUGAUAAAUUCGGCUUACACAAAUCGCAAGAGAAAGUUGAGGCAGUGCUAAAGGCACCCAGACCAGAAAACGUGUCCCAGCUAAGAUCAUACUUAGAUGAACUGCUCACACAUUAUGAUCCAUCAUGGCCCAUCCGCCUGGCAUGUGAUGCGUCUCCGUACGGUAUCGGUGCCGUUUUGUCACACACUAUGGCUGAUGGAUCUGAGCGUCCAAUUGCAUUCGCUUCAAGGUCUCUAACAAGCGCCGAGCGUAAUUAUGCACAAAUUGAUCGAGAGGCCCUUAGCCUUGUGUGGGGCAUAAAGAAGUUUCACCAUUACCUUUAUGGACAAAGAUUCACAUUAGUGACAGACCAUCAGCCUUUGAUAUCCAUCUUUAACCCCCGGAAAGGAAUUCCUGUCAUGUCAGCCACCCGACUGCAACGAUGGGCAUUGUUCCUUGGGGCGCACUCAUACGACAUUGAGUUUAAGGGUACAAAGCAACAUAGUAAUGCUGACGGCUUAUCACACCUGCCGCUGCUGACAACUGAGGAAGAAAAGACUACAGCGCUAGACCCAGCAGAUGUGUUUCACACAACACUAGUGGAACAGCUUCCAGUGACUAGUGCUGAGAUUCAGAGAGAAACACGAAAUGAACCUACAAUAUCCAAGGUGUAUGGCAUCACGGUUCAAGGUUGGCCUGCACAUGGAAAUGCCAUGUUUCCUGACUUCUCUGCAAGACAACAGUUGACAGUUGAGGAACACCAAGAUGGAGUAACCACAGCACAGAUGUUUCCCUGUUCCUCUUUAUAA